AUGGCGAUGUCACCAAUAAAACCCGUUCGUUUGGUUAUCGAUUGUGAUACUGCCGGUGAUGACUGUGUUUCCCUGCUGAUUGCCUGUCUGCAUCCUAAUAUUCAGUUGGAAGCGGUGACAGUGUGUGCCGGAAAUGUGGCUUUUGACCAAGAGAUAAUCAACACGCUGUACACGUUGGAAAGAAGUGGCGUUGGAGCUCAAGUUCCAGUGUAUGCAGGCUGUCGAAAGCCACUGCUGCGAGAAUGGCAAUCAGCAUCCUUCGUCCAUGGAGAAGAUGGCAUGGGUAACAGCAAUUUCCCUUUACCGAAGGGCAAACCUGCAUCUGGACAUGCCGUCGAUGCUCUGGUGGAUAUCGUCAAAAAAGCACCUGGAGAAAUCACAAUUCUGGCUCAAGCUCCGUUGACUAAUAUCGCUCUAGCGGCAUUUCUGCAUCCGGAGUUUGUCAGCCUGAUAAAGGAUUUGUACAUAAUGGGUGGUACCUUCUAUUGUCAGGGCAACAUGACUCCGGCCGCUGAAUACAACUUCUUUAUUGACCCGGAAGCGGCGAAGAUGGUGUUUUCGGCCGGCUUCCGCAAGAUCCACGUCUUCGACUGGGGAGUCAGUAACCGAUGCUGCUAUUUCAGCCCCACAGAGUUACAACAGGUAAAAGCGUUAGGCACUGACCUGUCGCGCUUCUUCAGUGACAUCAUCCGUACUAAUCUGCAGUUCAAUGAGCACCAUGGCCGCAGUGGCUACGUAGCCACCGAUUCAGCGGUGACGGCGCUGAUUGCCGAGCCUGGCCUGAGCCGCGGAUGGACCCCUUGCCACGUCGACAUCGAAACCAACAGUGCAAUGAACCGUGGAGCUUGUAUC